ACUGGACUUCCUGGAGGAGCCGCCGCUGCUAGCUCUGUAGCUAACUGUUUAGCUAGCUCUGUAGCUAACGGUUUAGCUAGCUCUGUAGCUAGCCCCUCGGUCCUCAACAUGGAUUCAAUCAACAAAGACGCGUUUAAUUAACACGGUCAUCGACGCAGUGAGUUAAUUAAAGUCCGUCUCUUCGCCAGUGAGUCACCACCCUGACGUCAUGAUGGCGUCCAGCUACAGCGCUAAAGACGAAGACGGACACAUCACGGUGACCGGGCCCGGGGGCGCAGCCCUGCGGAGCAAGAAGCCCGAGAACACCGCGUUCAAACAGCAGCGACUCCCGGCGUGGCAGCCCAUCCUCACCGCGGGCACCGUGCUCCCGGCCUUCUUCAUCAUCGGACUCAUCUUCAUCCCCAUCGGCAUCGGCCUGUUCGUCACGUCCAACAACAUCAGGGAGUUCGAGAUUGACUACACAGGAGUGGACGAGUCCAGUCCCUGUUUCAACUGCUCCCAGAACUUCAGCUGGAACAGCACUCGGCCGUGCACAUGUUCGAUUCCCUUCUCCCUGGAGCAUUCGUACGAGAAUAACGUCUUCAUGUAUUAUGGCCUCUCCAACUUCUACCAAAACCACCGCCGCUACGUCAAGUCCAGAGAUGACAGCCAGCUGAACGGACACCUGGGGUCCCUCAAGCAGCCCAGUAAGGAGUGUGAGCCAUACGCCAAACAUGACAACAAGCCAAUAGCACCGUGUGGGGCCAUCGCCAACAGCAUGUUCAACGACACGUUGGAGCUGUUUUACAACGACCCGAACGGCACCAAGGUUCUGAUUCCUCUCCGAGCGACCGGCAUCGCUUGGUGGACGGACAAACAUGUGAAGUUCGGGAACCCCGGAGACGGCCUCAACCUGACGGCCGAGUUCCAAGGAACGACGAAGCCGGUGAACUGGCGCAAGCCGGUCUACGAGCUGGACUCCGACCCGCUGAACAACGGCUUCAUCAACGAGGACUUCAUCGUGUGGAUGAGGACCGCCGCUCUGCCGACCUUCAGGAAGCUCUACCGCAUCAUCAGCAGGAGGGACAACAUGGUUCCCACUCUGCUCCGAGGGAACUACACCCUGGAGGUCGUCUACAAUUAUCCUGUUCGCAGCUUCGAGGGCAGGAAGCGGAUGAUCCUGAGCACCAUCUCCUGGAUGGGAGGAAAGAACCCCUUCCUGGGCAUCGCCUACAUCACCGUGGGCUCCGUCUGCUUCUUCCUGGGCGUCGUCCUGCUCAUCAUCCACCACAAAUACGGGAAUCGCAACAACAGCGCUGACAUCUCCAACUGAGGCCCCCCCCCCCCCCCCCCCACACGCAGCUCAUGUGAUCAUGUGACACGUCCGUCCUGGUAAACGUUCAUGUGGUGACCAGAAUAUCAGCAUCUAGUAACUUGCUCUGUCCACUUUGUUCCUUCAUAAAAUAUGACAAUAUGUCAACGAGUCACACUUUCUGCUGCUUUUAGAGAAAAAUGUAUAAAAUCAGAUUUCACAUUUACCAUGAAUAAAUUUCACAAAACGGUGGAAAAUAAUUUUGUAUUGAAAUGGAGCUUUAACCACCUGAAGAGUUAAACUUCUACAGUUACAAAGCAAGAGGUCACAGAGGAAAUGCUCCUGUUGGUUUAAGAUGAGAAGAUGAUAUGGAACCUGUCUGACUGUAAUGUUUCAGAUUCCUGGUUUUGUUACUUUACUGUGUCGCUCGUAUCUGACUAUCCCGUUAAUUUAGUCAUUUUAAAAGUUAAUACUAAUGUAGAUUUCUUUCAGCCAGAGGACAAAUCAAACGUAAUAUUGUCCCACAAUAGUUAUAUCCUGACAUCAUAGGGCGUCUUAUUGACCGGACUCUAUCGUAAUGUGAAUUCAUUUCAAGCCCAAAACGUGUCCUCAAAUCUCAGUGAAAAGAAAUUCUGCCCAAGAAAUUUGAGUUUGAAAGUUUCCGGUAACUUUCCAAACCGUCAGGUCAAUGAGGAGGUCGUUGUUUCUUACUCCUGAGCCGCAUGCUGGGAUGUGACCAUCCAGCCGCAUGCUGGGAUGUGACCAUCCAGCCGCAUGCUGGGAUGUGACCAUUGAGCCGCAUGCAGCCGCUCGUCUUUCUGCCUCUAAACUCACAUUGAGCCGUUGUCCAGUUUAGCACUUGAACUCGUGCUGAGCGAGUCUCGCCUCGGAGGGAACUGUCUGAAAAUGUUUUGUUGUUUUUUGUAUUUAUUUUCAGAAUGUGAAGAGAUGUUUGCCUGGUGAAGCCAGUAUUUGCACGUCAGACCUCAGGGGUUUGAAUCUAAAGUGAUUUUAAAGUUUGCUGCACUUGAACACGCUGUUGUUGCUUCGCUCUGUCGUUCACACGUAACAAUAAUGCAGCAUGAUGAAAUAAAUGUGAUUAAAUAUUUCUGUGGUGUCACUCAACAUUUACACGACAGUCGAGUAGUUUAACAGCUGAAUAUGAGCCAAGCACAUUAAACCUGUCAAAUAGAAGCUGCAUGUGAACAUGUGCUGAGUAAAGAUGUUUAUUUUGUGUUUCUGAGAUGCACUCGAUUUUGUUUUGAUACUUCAUCUGUUGUGUUGUUGCUCUAAAGUAAUAAAUCUGUCAUAUGGAUGAAAA